GGUUCUGUGUCGAGGUCCCUCAGUCAAAGUCGGGAGUGUGCCGGACCGAGCCGCGCCUCCUCUGUGCUCACUGCGCCAGCUGAAGAGGCCCGACAGCUCCGCGUGCUGUCAGAGUCGUCACGAUGAAGAGCGACCGGCAGGACGUGGCUUUCCACGCGCUCCUCUGGAUCCACAUCCCUGUGGCCUGCCUCUUCACUGCAGUGUCAGCUCAGUCUGACAGCACCAGCAGUGUGGUGGUGGCAGGUUACAAUGUGAGCGCCCCGGCCGGGUCCAAAGUGGUGCUGCAGUGUGUGAGCGGCCGCAUGGUGUGGACCCGGGACAGGGUGAGGGACAGACAGAGGGUGGUCCACUGGGACCUGUACCGGGCCCACCCGGACUACGCCAUGGAGAGGGUGGUGGACAUGUUCUCCGCAGGAGACCAGAGGAUUUACAACUCCUACAACCUGGGCAGGGUCGGCAUCACUCCGACAGCCUUCAGGGAUGGGAACUUCUCCCUGGUCAUCAAAGAUGUGACGAUGAACGACAGAGGUCUGUACUCCUGUAACCUCCACCAUCUCUCCUGUCACCUGUAUGAGACGGUCAGAGUGCAACUCAACGUCACCAAAUCACGCCGAAAAGAGCAGCGCUUCUGGGACGGACAGAAGGCGGUGUAUGUGGUGCUGCUCGGGAGCACUGUGGCGCUGCCGUGCAUCAACCGACGUAACAUAUGGACGGACUGGAGCAACGAGGAGGAGGACCAGCAGGUGGUGCACUGGGACCGCCAGUCACCCGGGGUUCCCCAUGACCGCGCCGACCGGCUGGUGGACCUGUACGCAUCUGGGGAGCAGCGCAGCUAUGGGCCGCUGUUCCUCCAGAGGAAGAUGAACAUCAGCAAUCGGGCCUUCUCAGAGGGAGACUUCUCACUCACCAUAUCUGAUCUGCAGGCCACAGACAGGGGGAUGUAUUCCUGCCACCUCCACCAUCACUACUGUGGUCUACACGAGAGAAGAGAGUUCCAGGUCACAGUGGAGCCGCCAGUGAUUCAGCCCACCCAGCCAGCCAAAGCCCUGCCUGCUGUGGACAAAGACACCGCGAAGGCUGAAUCACCGCGAGUCAUCAAUGUGAUUCUGCCGGACCACAGGCACCACUUCCUGAUGCCACUGGGCUACGUCCUCACGUCCUUCCUGCUCCUGGCAUUCAUCAUCCUCAUCAUCAUCCUCAUCACACGCAGGCGUAGAAUCAAAGAGUUUUAUCCGGAGGCAUCCGCGAGGUCCAGCAGAAGUCACAGCAGCUCGGAUGAGUUUGAGAUGGACGUCUCUGGAGUCGGUGUGUGCAAUGAGGAGGAGGAGGGACGAUUGGACUACAAGAACAACCUGUUGAGAGAGAAGGUCCACGUGAACACUCAGCCUAAAGUCAUUGAUCUUGACAAAGAGAUGCAGAAAUUUUCAAAGUGAGAGAGUGACAGAGUCACUGGCUGGUCCAGAGGCUGCGAUCCAAACCAUACACACUGUCCUCUGUCCCGGCAGCAGGGACACGGAGAAAGUGUCACCAAAAGUAAAACAAAAAAACAAAAAAAACAAAAAAACAAGAAAAAUAAAUAAAAUUUCAAAAAGAUUUGUCAUCUUUUGUUGUAUUGUCAAACUGAAAAGACUGGACCGGUAACCACUGUGCACGGCACCCUAGCGCCACCAACAGGAGAGUUUUGGCCUUGACUGUUAAGAGGAGAAAUGUGUACGUAAGUUGAAUAAAGUUGUGACUGAGUGAAUAUGAAUUGUUCUUACUAGAGCUUCAAUCAUUAUGCCUCAUGUUAAAAAAUAAACGUACUAAUAUUUUAUUUUUCCUUUGCUCUUCGCUAACUGACCAAAGAAAAAGUGUAUGUAAAAAUGUUUUAUUUUGAUGUUCAGACUGUGUUUUUUUAAAAACAUAUGGUACAAUGAAUAUGAUAAUAUCAACGCUGAUCUUUAACUGUAAUGGGUUAUUACACUUACCUGCUAAGAGGAGAUGCCUCGCCUGUUUGUAUGCAAAUGACUUUUUGAGUAUCACAAAGUAAAUGUAAUAAAUUGUUAUUUAAAGCAAAAUAUACUGUAGGUAUCUUGGAACGUGUGGAGGGGAUCAGUUGUGUGCAGCUGAGUUUGUGCUGUGAUGAGGGCUGUCGCCAGGAUUUUCAAAAUGCUGAGUCUUAAUAUUUGAAUGCAACCGCACCACAUUAAUUUAGUUUUGACAUGCCACAAGCAAGUUAGUACAAUUGUCUUCUUUCCUUUAUUCAUUUAACCAUGUAAUUAUAUGUUGUUUGUUGAUUUAAAGGCUCACUUCACACUCAGAGUCCUGUGAUGUUUGACAGUGAUGUUGUAUAAGAUCGUUUAAAUCCCCAGAUGAUGUUGUAUAUGACUUCAUUGACCAUAAUCAUGUUUACGGCAUGUACAGUUAGACUUUUUUGUUCUCUGCCUUUUUUAAAUGUAUUGUGUUGAGCUUGCACCCUCGGAUAACACUUAUGUGCAUAAAAGAUUUUAAAACUUCA